AGCGGAAUGUCUAGAGUUUCCAAGCUUGUGAUAACAUCCGACAGUUGCGAAAUCUUAGCUGAAGGCAUCGGCAAUCUCGAGGGUCCAACCACUAUCUUGGUUCAUGGCUUAGGGUCAUUCACAGUUGUAUUCGACAACCUUUUCAAAGACGAUCAGUUACUUUCCAAAGUGAGAUAUGAUAUGAGAAGUCAUGGCAAGAGCGGCACACCUGUGGACCAGAGCAAUUAUUCCUCCCCGAAGUUCACUGCGGAUUUCAUGACUGUGAUCGAAGGAUUUAACCAGCAAAAGCCUUAUUUAUUCGGAACUGUUGUGAUGGACGACUGCACCCGCUGUCCCACAGGCUAUUUGUCGGGCGUCAUUUACGUUUCCGCACUCCCUUGCAUCGGACCAAUCAUGAUGGACUUGGGAGAAGAGUGUCUUGAAAACCUUCAACCAAAACUCUUUACGCGAGACGAUCGACUUGGUCGAUUCCAAGAUCAAUGA